AUGGCUGUAUCUUCUUGUUCUUAUUCUUCGUCCUGGUCGGAUUUACUCCCGGAGCUUAUAGACGUUGUUUUCAACAACCUAGACGAUGCCGGAGACAUCCUUAAUUGUGCCACCGUCUGUGCUUCCUGGAGAUAUUCUUCUUCCGCUGUGUACACUCGCAAGUUCGUUCCUUCUCUCUUUGUUUCUUCUCUUUCUCACCUCUCUGCCGAUGAAGAAACUCAAUUCUCUGAUCAGUUUAGGAUUUUGUCUCCGAGAAAUUUGGGGAAUAAUCAGAGAUGGGUUUGCGGAGGCACGCGAGGGUUUUUGUUAACUGUCAAUGUUUCUUUUCCUUUUCAGGUAAAUUUACAAAACCCGUUUACUAACACAGUUGUUUCUCUGCCACCAUUGAUAUCAUUUGAGGAUGCUCAGCGGUUGCUUCAAUCCCAAGCCAUCUUUCAAGACUCCCAAACCCUGAAGAACUUUGUAAAAAAAGCAGUCUCUUCGACAAGUUUAUUAGACCCUGAUUGGGUUGUGGUCGUGAUCUACAACACCGAUGGAAAACUAGCCUUCUGCAGACGAGGAGACGAACAAUGGACGGAUCUGGACUCUGAUCACGUUGCUUCUUCUGUUGACGACAUUGUGUUCUGCAAUGGCGUCUUCUUCGCCAUCGACAGAAUAGGAGAGAUAUAUCAGUGUGAACUUAACCCUAAUAAUCCGAAAGCUGUUCCUUUAUGCAGCGCCUCGCCGUUCCGGUACGACCCUUGCAAGAAAUACUUUGCAGAGUCGGAUUUCGGAAAACUUUGGGUGGUUCUAAAGAAGCUAGAGCUUAACGACGAUUGUGACUUCACAGUCUUUUUCGAGAUUUACGAAUUCAGUCCAGAGACGAAAGAGUGGACAGUGGUGAGAAGCUUGAGAGGCAAAGCUUUGUUCUUGAGCCCUCAAGGUGGAUGUAUAGCGGUCUUGGCAGGUGAGACCGGAAGUAGAGGAUUCAUCAAAGACAAUUCCGUUUACUUCGUCGAUGGAAACGAAGCGAGUGUAGGAUCAGGGUCGCCGAAUCUAAGCGUCUUUGAAUGGGACAGUAAGCAAAUCAAGAAGCUGUACCAGCCAAGAUCUUGGAACUGUGAGAUGUUUUGGGUCACGCCUACGGAUGUUGAAUGA